GUCCCUCACAUCUCCUCCUUCAGAGCGCGCUUGCACCACCAGGAGAGAGGAGGAAGAAGAAGCCAAAAGGAUGAAGCCUCCGCACUAUCUUCUUCCCACUGUCAUCAAGAUGAAUGCACCUCGGAGCAGAAGCGUAUGGAUUUGUUUGCUUGCACUCUGGUUGAUGUUGUGUGCAGGGACUCUAGCGCAAGACGCAUGCGACAGCGCCCUGGUGUCCAAACUGCCGCCGUCGGCCUUCCGAAGCUCCUCCCAGCUUUCUGCUAGUCACGCUCCUGUCUUCGCCAAGCUCAACAAACGAGAUGGAGCAGGGGGUUGGUCUCCGCUGGCCUCCAAAUCCUCUCAGUGGUUGGAAGUGGACCUCGGGGAGCGGACCACCAUCACGGCGGUGUCCACGCAGGGACGCUACGGCAGCUCCGAUUGGCUGACGUCCUAUCUGCUCAUGUUCAGCGACACCGGUCACAACUGGAAGCAACACCGGCUGGAGGACAGCAUCGGGUCUUUUUCAGGCAACAUCAACGCGGACAGCGUGGUGCAGCACAAGCUGCAGCAAACGGCCGUCGCUCGCUUCCUGCGCCUGCUUCCCAUGGGUUGGAACCCCGGCGGACGCAUCGGACUGCGGCUGGAGGUCUACGGUUGCCCUUACACCUCCGAUGUGAUGUCGUUGGACGGCGAGGGCAGCGCGGUGACGUACUGGUGGAGCCACGACAAGGAGGACGACGAGCAGGAGCUGUCGCUCAAGUUCAAGAGUCUGAAGAACUGCGGGACGCUACUGCACGCCCGAGGGGCCUCGGCACUCGGACUCAGCGUGGAGCUCAAUGGGGGAAGAGUCCUCAUGGCAGUCACGGGACAACAACAACAAGACGCGUGGACUUCCAGGCCCGAUCAUCGACGUCUGGUCUCGUUAGGCAGUCUCUUGGACGACCAACAGUGGCACGUGCUGGCCAUGGAAUGUCACGCCGCCCAGUGCAACCUUACCGUGGAUCAGCACACGGAGACCGUCAACCUACCGCCGCAUUUCCAUCACUGGCGCAUCCAGCAGCUGAGCGUGGGGGGAAUUCCCAACAUCCCUGAGGAGAGAUUCCAAGGCUGCCUUGAGAAUUUGGUGUACAACCAGCAUAACCUGAUCGCGAUGGUCAGACGAGGCGACCGCCGAGCUACCGUGACGGGCAAUGUCACCUUCACGUGCUCCCACCAGACGCUGGCCGUGGCUGCCACCUUCCCUGGGCCCCGAAGCUUCCUCCAGUUGCCCGGGGCCGGGGCACUGACCUUGGUGCCCACAGCGGGAGUGUCCGUAGGACUCAAUUUCAGGACGUGGAACAGAGAUGGACUCCUGUUCACCUUCCGGCUCCCUCGGCAGGGCGGCGUUGUCUGGGUGUUCCUGAGUGAUGCUCGGCUCUGUCUGCGCAUACAGAAAGCUGACAGAGUACUGCUGGACCUCCAGGCAGGUUCCGAUCUGGAUGAUGGUCAGUGGCAUUCGGUGGACCUGAAGUCCAGAGGAGGGCACCUGAGCAUCAGCGUGGACAAAGACGACAUGGCUCACUCCAGUCCUUCCUUUACCGUCGCCAUCGAGAAGGACCUCUUCGUCGGUGGUUGCCCUGCGGAGGACGAGAGGCAGGAGGACUGCAGGAACGCUUUUGCCUCCUUCCAGGGUUGUCUUCGUCAGCUGACCCUGGGCCGGCAACAAGUGGACCUCAUCAUGGUGCAGCAAAGGAUGCUGGGUACCUACAGCAACCUCUUGAUUGACAUGUGCGGUAUCAUUGACAGGUGUUCUCCGAGUCGCUGCGAGCACGGCGGGCCUUGCACUCAAUCCUGGACGCACUUCCACUGCAACUGCAGCGACAGCGGCUAUGGCGGCGCCACCUGCCACAGCUCGGUGUACGAACAAUCCUGCGAGGCGUACAAGCACAAUGGCAACACAUCGGGAUAUUUCUACAUCGACGUGGACGGCAGCGGUCCCAUCAAACCGCAGUUGGUUUACUGUAACAUGACAGAGGAGAACACAUGGAUGGAGAUCCACCAUAACACCACCGAACUGACCCCAGUGAGGCCAUCUAGCGGUGAACGUCAGCACCUUGUGCCACUGCACUACCCUGCCAGCGAGGAGCAGCUGUUGGCCGUAAUUGGCCAGUCCGACCACUGCCAACAGGAAAUGGCCUACCACUGCAGGAAGUCCCGCCUCCUCAACACUCCAGAAGGCUCACCCUUGAGCUGGUGGAUUGGUGGUGUCGCUCCGGGUGGACGUCAGAAUUAUUGGGCCGGAGCUCAGCCAGGAAGCCAACAGUGCGCAUGCGGGCUGCAGGGAGACUGUUUGGACCCCAAACGUUACUGCAACUGUGACGCUGACAGCGCAGAAUGGGCUGAGGACUCAGGCUUGCUGGUCCACAAGGAGAGCCUCCCUGUGCGGUCCCUGGUACUGGGUGACGUGUGGCGCCCCGGCUCAGAGGCCACCUACCGGGUGGGGCCGCUGCGUUGCCAUGGCGACAAGAAUUUCUGGAACGCUGCCUUCUUCGCCACAGAGACGUCCUACCUCCACUUCCCGACGUUCCAUGGUGAGCUGAGCGCCGACAUCUCUUUCCUCUUCAAGACCGGCGCUCCCUCCGGCGUCUUCCUGGAGAACCUGGGCAUCAGGGACUUCAUACGCAUCGAGCUCCAGUCUCCCACCCGCGUUCUGUUCUCCUUCGAUGUUGGCAACGGUCCUCUGGAGGUUGGUGUGGACUCAAGCUCCCCACUGAACGAUGAGCGCUGGCAUCGGGUUCGCGUAGAGCGCAACGUGAAAGAGGCAUCACUGAGAUUGGACACCAUGCCCGCCGCCACCCGCCAGGCGCCCACCGAUGGACAUAUUCACCUGCAGCUCAACAGCCAGCUCUUCAUUGGCGGGACAGCGUCACGCCAGAAGGGUUUCCGUGGUUGCAUCCGCUCCUUGCAGCUCAACGGCGCCACCAUGGACCUGGAAGAGAGGGCGCGCAUCACGCCCGGCGUCCGGCCAGGCUGCCCAGGUCACUGCGACAGCUAUGGUGCGCUAUGUCGCAACCAUGGACGCUGCAUGGAGCGGAACAACGGAUUUCACUGCGACUGUGACCAGUCGGCCUAUGACGGAGUAUUCUGUCAUGCAGAGCUGUCGGCUAUCUUCAAGCCGACAACAUCUGUCCACUACGCCUUCCAGAUGGAGGCCUCUGAGCGAGGCGGCGGGAAUGUCAGCGCCAAGCUACCAUCCUCCAUCUUGUCCGACCUGAGCCUGAGAGCGGAAAACGUGUCACUGAGCUUCCGAACCAGCCAGAGUCCUGCACUCCUGCUCUUCGUAUCAUCAUACCAGCGAGAGUACCUGGCACUGCUCAUCAACAAGCAUGAUAAGCUGGAAGUGCACUACAAACUCCACGGCAACAAGGAAGCUGAAGUGUUGAGGAGCCAAGCCAAGGGUUUAGCCGACGGUCGUCUGCAUACGGUGGUCGUUAGCAGAGUGACGGAUGCCGUGUCUCUGCAGAUUGACCAAAGUACCAGAGAAGACUUCAAUUUGACGUCUGACGGCGAAUUCAACGGCAUCAGGUCACUGUUGCUCGGCAAAGUGCAGGAGUCGGAAGAAGUGGAUCCAAAUCUGAUCCGCUUGUCCUCGCUGGGCUUCAGUGGUUGUCUGUCAGUGGUUCGCUUCAAUUCCGUCAGCCCCCUCAAGGAGGCGCUGCUCCGUCCGCAUGGCGGAACCGUGCACAUCAGCGGCCCGCUGGUCCGCUCCAACUGUGGUUCACCGGCCGCGUCCAGUCCUUAUGCCGCGCACAACACACCGCACCUGUCAGACCCGUCCAGUUCUGGCCAGCCUUUAGUCAAUGCCAUGCGGACAGACUCGGCACUCAUUGGAGGCGUGAUCGCGGUGAUCAUCUUCGUGACGGUGGCCGGUCUGGCCGUGGCAGCCAAGUUCCUGUAUCGGCGGAAGGAGACUUACCGGAACCAGGAAGUGAAAAGCGGGCACCGGGAUGAAAGCCAGGACUUAGCCUUUGAACACCAGACGGACUCCCAGAAUACCUCGGGGCAAAACCCAAAGGAAUACUUCAUUUAAAAAAAA